AUGGCCCCAAUCUCUGCCGACGCCGUGAGGCCCGUGCCGAAGCAGCAGCAACAACAAAAGCAGCAGGCGCGCCGUCCGCUCUCGCGCAUCGUGCCUGCCAUUCCGCACCGCCUAUCACGCGCCGUGCCUGCCGCCAGGAGAGCGUCGCCCGAGGAGCCGCGCGCUGUGACGCAGCCGAAGCAAGACGCAGUGGCCCAGACCCCGCCGCCGCCUGGCGAGGAGAUCAAGGAGGAGACGAAGGUGGCAGCUGUGCAGACUCCCCAGACGUCCGAGUCCAAGACGUCUGGCAACGAGCCUGGAGCCCGCGCCGGCGCUGGAGCUGAGGUUGAAGCCAAGGUUGAAGCCAAGGUUGAAGCUGAAGCUGAUGCCAAAGCUGAUGCCAAAGCUGAUGCCAAAGCUGAUGCCAAAGCUGAUGCUAAGGCUGGUGCCGAGGCUAGCUCUAGAGGUGAAGACGAAAGCCAAGCUGAAGCUCAAGUGGAAGUGCCUGUGGAAGCUUCAGUCGUAGCCUCAGUCACAGACCCAGUCCAAGCUGCAGGUGAAGCCCCAGUCGAUGCCCAUGCAGGUCUCACACCCCCCACCGCCUACGACGAGCAUAGAAAACCGCUCACCAAUGGCGUGCAUCGCAAGGAGCUCCCGCCUCCCUUCUACCCCUCCAACUUGGGCGGCAUGCGUACGCCAGCCACUGAGAAUACCGGCCAUGCCUUCCACCCGGCGCACUCGAGUGCAGACGGCGCUGUUGCGCGCAUCAUCCACGACUCGCCAGCCCAACCUGCGACUCCACAAGCGUACGGUGCCACCGGCCACGGCCAUCGCCAGUCUGUACCGCGCAUUCCACCCGGCUUCGCACCACCUGACUUCACGCCCUCUUUCUUCCCUGCACACGCCCACCACCCAUCUGACGCGGCCGCGCCCUGGCUCUACCCACCCUACUCGAUGCCGCCACCCCCGGACCCAGUCUACGCCAACGGCACUGACAUCCACUCUCCACCCUUCAACCCCGGUAACUCGGCCUACCCUGAUCCCUACCAGGGUCACUUCUCGCCCCACGACACGCGCUACAAUACCAACGGCAUAGCCACGUCGCACUCUCAGUCACCUAGCAAGUCACACUUCGGCGAGCCCUUGCCCAUGACCGAUCGCGCAGACGUGCAGCAUACACAGCCCCAGCAGAACACUGCCUUGCCUCGCUCUGACGAGAUGAGUGAGUCGCCGUUCGAGCUCGCUUCCUACCUGUCUACACAGUUCGGCAACCCAGAGUUUGCCGAUUUCGUCCUGCAAGUCCGUUCGCCCGAGUUCCAGUACAUCUCCCUGCCUGUGCAUGGCAUCGUCGUGGUCCGCAGCCCCGUCGUUGCCAACGCUGUGCACCGCAGCAUCCCUCCUGCUCAUCGAUCCAGAGACGCCCGUCGUAUCGUUGACGUGCUGACAACAAGCUCUUUCAUCACGGCCGAGUCGAUCCAGGAGGCCGUCAAGGUGCUCUACGGAGCGCCGCUUCUGUCCAUGCAGGCAUUCUUGUACGGACUGGGCCACUACACACCCGACAUGCCUUUUGCUCACGUCACCAAAGAUGCUCGGAGGCGCAUGGGUCAGCUCCUGAGCUACGUUGCAGCCAGUAGUGUUCUGCAGAUUCACAGCAUGCAAGCACGGGGCGUCGAGAUCGUCAAAGCGCUCCUACGCUGGGAUACAAUUGAGCAGGUCCUCCACUACGCUCUCCAAGCAGCAGAAUCGACUUCAGCGUCCAACACGGACGGUUCGGACGGUCACGACCUGUAUGCGGCGGAGCUGCUGAACUCGGCCAUUGAUUUCAUCGCCUACAACUUCCCCGCCGACUUCAAUCUGUACAGGAUCGCUCCAGAGUUGCGAGACGUCCCUCGUCUGCCCAGCCUUGCCGAGGCGCGUGCGUCAACACACAACCAUCGCCUAAGCAAGAUCCAGUUCGGUGAUGCGCCCGUUGAUGACGAGGCACAUGUGAGUCCUGUCUCAAGGACGUUGUCUAGCAUCCUUCUCUCGUUGCCGCUUCCUCUUCUCGACCGCGUGUUCAAUCACCGUGCAACCGCCAAUCAGAUUGGAUGGACGGGCGCUGCAAGGGUACUGCACGACGUUGUUGACGAACGCGAAAUCCGUCGACAGAAGGCACUCGGAGGUCAGCUGCAGCUUGAAAGCACGGUUCCUAGCGCUCUUCUCGACAGCUUGUACGUCGAGGAGCGCGUAGACCAUGUCGGCACUUCUCCACUCCAUCCUUCUGGUUACAUGCUCUCAGCGCAGCGUGCGAACGGCCAGGCGUGA